AUGUUGUUGUGUGCACGUCCAAGAGAAAAGUUAUAACCUUCAGUUAAUACAUCGCGUAGUGUUUCAGUGGUUUUGUUAUUGUGCAAUUUUGUUUCAAGGAUUUGUUUUUACCUUUUUGGAAGUGCCAAGCAAGGACCUUUGGUUUCAUCAUCCAUACAAGUGUCAGUAGUUCCCGAUAGCGUAAAACCAUUUUAUUUUUGUUUUAAUCGAUUUAAAACAGUGGGUGAUACUUAGUGAUUUAACUUACUCGUUCAAAAAUGCAAAACAGAGACGUGUCCCAAGAACCUCCGCAAAGUUAUGUCCGUCGUUUAAAUGACAAAUCGCUGGAAAUUACCUCUGCUGGGGGCGAUGUUGUGAAACUGCGAGUACCCCAGCCGCGCGAUACACAAUGUCGGGUGCCAAGAGUGACUUCUGAUCGUAGUAGACAUGUUCCUGUGGGUACUACUAACAGUGAAAGACUCUUGCAGAGUUCCAUCAUAGCCGAUAAGUACCAGUUGUUCGAACAAGUUGAAGGCAGUUCGUUGUAUCGGUGUCUGGAUAUCAAUACCAAGGAAGAGCUGGUUUGUAAGAUCGUGUCGAGGGAAAGUCAUUCCUUAGUGUCAGCCCAUUACAAAUUGGAUUUCCACCCGCGCAUCUCGUCGAUUCACGAAGUUAUAGCCCGGAAUCGUUACCUGUACCUGGUAUUCCCUAAGGCUCACGGCGAUCUACAUUCCUACGUGAGAUCGAGAAAAAGGCUCCGGGAAUCCGAGGCGAAGAAGCUAUUUAGGCAAAUCGCGGAGACGGUUCAGGUGUGCCACGAAAAUGGGAUCGUUUUGAGAGAUUUGAAGUUAAGGAAGUUCGUGUUCGCAGAUCAACAAAAGACGGAAUUGAAGCUGGAAUCUCUAGAAGAUGCCGUGGUAUUAGACGAACCAGAAAGCGACUGGUUGCAUGACAAACGAGGGUGUCCCGCCUAUGUUAGUCCUGAGAUUUUAAAAGCCGGAGCCCACUAUUCGGGAAAAGCUGCAGAUAUGUGGAGUCUCGGCGUUAUCCUGUAUACCAUGUUAGUUGGAAGGUAUCCCUUCAACGACUCAGAACAUGCGUCGCUAUUCGCCAAAAUUUCCCGAGGUCAUUUCGUAAUUCCCGAGUGUUUAUCGUCACGAGCGAGGUGUUUAAUUCGAUCACUGCUUAGACGAGAACCCUCAGAACGCAUCACCUCAGCAGACAUCCUCUACCACCCUUGGUUAGCGAAGGAAGACAAAGAUUGGUCUUCGAGGUCCUGUGAUCAACUAGUGCCCGAAUGCAGUCUCUAUGACGAUUAGUUCCUGAAUUUUUUUCUGUGAAAAAUUGUGCAAAGUGCAAAUUUUGUGCUGUGUUUUAGAUUAAGUCAAUUCCGUCGGCAGGCAUUCGACGGAUUGGAUUGGAAGAGGUACAGUUCGUUGAGUAUCUCAUGAUUCUGGUGUUUUGCAGGCAAAAUACGUCUUGUACUGUUAAAAUUCGUUCAAUCAGGUGUCAUGAGAUUCUGGACGAACAUUAGAUAGCAAUAGUAAGUGCAAUGUGAUUCAAAAGUUAUAUUUCAAACUUCUUGAAAGGAACAGUAUUACUUAGAAAUGGUUGUCUAUAACUUUGAAUAUAUGACAAUCAUUUUUAAAUUUUUCUUUACCUACAAGUCUAUAUAACAAAAUAAACAAUUUAUUCGAUUUUAAAAAGAGCUUUACGUAAAAAAAUUGAGUCACUUCUUUUCGCAAUGAACUGGUUUGUGCCUGUUGCACGCCUGCCCGACGUAUUUGAAGCCAUGAUUUAGUCGUAAUGUUAACAAAUUGUGGUAUUUGUUUUUGUUUUGUUAAUCGAUGCGCAAAAAGUUUUUAGGUAACUUUUAUUUAUUUUGUUAUCUAAUCUAAUUUUUGGUGUUUACUUAAAAACGUUUUGCUGCAUUAUUCCAUGGAUCGUUCUGAUAUUAUUGUUCAUCUAGAUUUGUUGGAAUCUAAAAAUAUAGACCAGCUAAGAAGAACUGAAUCGUUGUUUUGAUUUUAAAGCAUCACGUUAGUUUUCUUUUAAGAAUUAAGACUGAAAAGACGUUUUAAAACUUACACUACUGUUAAAAAUACUGCCAAUAAAAUUUGUUUUCUAAUAGAAACUCGAAGAAUGGAAAGGCGUCAUGUACACAAAGCAUUAAUAUAAUAUUGAAGUUGGCAACAAUAAAAUUGAUUGUCAACUGUCAAUGACAUUUCAGUGUUUUGUCACAGAAUAAUAAACAAUCAGAAUGUCCACUCUCAGAUGCCGCCUUUAAAGUUUUAUAGGACGCGCGCCAUGUUUUAGAAGGAAACACAUAACACAGACAUAUGAUUUGUGAGGUUAUGUAAUUGUUUAUAUUUAUGUUUAAUUCUAUUAUAUUUAUGUUAUUAUAUUUAACAAUGUUAAUAUAAUUGUAUAGUAUAUCUAUGAUUGCCGUAAGUCAAUUAAAUCGGGUUAACUUUGUCUAUAGACACCACAUAAACAACACUGGUUCCCUCUAAAACAUGGCGGAACGUCUGCGCGAAGAAGAUGCGCUACUUAAUUUUCCAUGGAGAGUGGGCAUUCUGGUUGUUCAUUAUUCAGUGGUUUUGUAGAUGUUAUUUUUGUUUGCCAUUUCCUUUUUUCGUUAUGAAGUAGUGAUAAUGACUUACAAUUUUGAUUAUUGUUUAAAGUAUCCCUAAUUCUUAAGAACAGGUUCAACUAAUGAUGUAAGUAAUUAUGUUUUUGUCAAUUUCAUGAUAUUUGUCAAUAUCACUACAUUUUUCACUUAAAAUCGUUUUGUUUUUUAACUAAAAAAACUGUCAGAUCACGUUUUUUUUUGUUUAAGCACAUACUUUUUAUCAAGUUUAUUGUUGUUGGGUGCAAAUGUAUUUGGAAGGAUUUGUUUUGGUUUUGUUAAUAGCAUCAUGUCAUUUGAUUUUAUUAUUUUUUAUUUUUCGUUUUUAUAUUUAAACGAAUCAGAUUUUAUUUCUCUUAUUUUUAAUAAACAAUGCAAUGUUUAUUGAAUCAUUUUUUUAAUGAGCGGGAGAAAGAGAGAGAGAGAGAGAGAGAAAGAGAGAGAAAAAGAGAGACAGAGGCAGAGCGAAAGAAAGAGAGAAAGCCAGAAAAGAGAGGAAAUAGAGAAAUAGUAAGAAAGAUGAUGAAAAAAGAGAGUAUGAGGGGAUGGGAAAGAAGAAAACUGGUAAAGAGCGAGAGAAACUGUACGCCUGAGAGUGGCCACUUGGCAGUAAUUUAUUACUCCCUGUCUACCAAUGCCAAAUAAAGUUUAGUAUCAUUUCUGAAUUGUAAACUUAGGUUACAGGCAAAUAGUUCUCAGUUAUUUGUUUUGUUCGAAAUGCAUUUGCGGAGUAUGUUUGUACAUAUUUUACUAUUAUUAACAAAAAACUCUGUUAAAAUAUAAAUAACUUUCGUGAUGCAUGUUAGUAUUGUGAUCUCGGUCAAAUUGAUUUUGACUACACUGUGUAUAUUUUUCGAACUGAACCUGUACAUAAAAUCGUUGUAUAUUUCGUUUUUAAUUUAUAUAAAUAUAAUGUUAGUUGAUAUAUAAUUUAUCGUUAUAUAUCAUUGUAAAUAGCUUCGCAACUGUGAGGAAAUGUUCAUCGGUGGUAUAUAGAUAUGCUGUUGUUCUAAU